CAGGUCAAUUCCCGGCCGAUCGAAAGCAUCUUCUGGGCUGGGGGAAACCGAUGGUCCUCUUUUGCUCUCUUGCUGCUAAGUUCUAGGAUAGAAGCAUAACAUCCUCGUCAGGGAAUCGCCAGCGGAAAAACCUUCUCCUCCAAAGCGCCUGCAUUGGCAGCCCAUCCAUCUCUCAGCCUCAUCCCACUGUCUUUCUACCUGCAGCAUCUGGCUUAAGGCGUCCAAGAGACAGGAGUUUGGCUGAGGAAGAGCGAUUGGCCCAAAGUCAUCCAAGGAACCCCCAAGGCUAAAGUGGAGCUUGAGCCUGGUUUUCCUUUAUCCUAGUCCAGGACCAUAACUACUACAGUACAUUGGCUUUUCCUGCUGUAACUCUUGAAACAGAUUCAGCAGCGAACAUCUAGGAAUCUUCAGCUCUUGCUGGAGAAACUAAGAUUAAAUUUUUUAAAAAAUGCGUUCUGAAAAUAUGACAUUUUUGCUAACACUGAUCCUUAGGUUUAUCAGCUCAGGAAAGCUUUGUGAAAGGCACUCACCUAUUAAUGUGCUAGAAGAAGAAUACUUUUCAUUUUGCUGCCCUAAAAAACCACAGCAUGAAGGACAAGUUAUCCAUUGGUUCUAUAAAGGAGAAAAAGGAGAAAAAGCGCUAAUUCAUGGAGACAGCAGAAUUGAUUUGAAUGGGUCUAAUUUGCGAUUUUGGCCAAUUUUACUGAAUGAUACUGGAAUCUAUCAAUGCUGUCUCAGAAAUGGAAACGGGAAGAUAUCCUGUAAGGAAUGGUCCUUAAAUGUCAUCAAGAGAAAUAAAAACAAUUGUUUCACUGAAGAACAUUUGCUUACUGGAAGAGAUGGCAUAAUUGGAACAGGCUAUCUUUUCACGUGCAGUAGUACAAAUGAUAGUGUAAAUGUUAUCAACAUAACCUGGUAUAAGGACUGCAUAGAGAAUAUUAAUAAGAGAGGUGAAGAAGAAUGGCACAUUGAUCAGUUAACAGAAAAAGAUGGGGGAAAAUAUACAUGUGUAAAAACAAUUCUUCAUGCAGGAAAGAAAUAUAACAGCACAAGUACCACCAAUUUAAAUAUUAAAGGUACUGAAGAAAUAACUCCAAAGCUAAUUGGACCUAGUCAUAAUGUUUUCAAAACUGAAAUAGGUAAAGAAGAAAUUCUCAAUUGCACAGCAUUUUUAGGUUAUUCGAAGAACUUUGUUGAAUUCACCUAUGAACUUUAUUGGCUUGUGCAUGAUGAAAAUAUAGAAAUAUGUCAGAGUAAUAGUUCACUGUGUCAAAAGGUAGAACGCAAAUAUGAUGAAAAUGGAAAAAAAUAUGUUAUGAAACAACUUUGGUUUAAACGUGUGAAAGAAAAGAACUUCAAUACUUCAUACAAAUGUGUCUUUUCUGAAAAUGGUUCUGAACAGCAAACAUUUAUAUUGCAAAAAGAAUCUAAUCCAGAUUUACCAGUUCACACCUUUACUGCUGGAAUGAUAAUGGCCAUAAUGUUUUCCUUUAUUGCUGUAAUGAUAGUGAUUCUCUGUAUAAUAUUCAAGAUUGAGCUUGUUUUAUUGUUCAGAGAUAUAACAGGAAAGGAUGAAACACUGGGAGAUGGAAAACUAUACGAUGCUUUUGUGUCUUACCUGAAAGACUGUACACCAAUAUGUGGUGAAGAGAGAAAAUUUGCUCUGGAGAUACUGCCUAAAACUUUAGAAGAUCAUUUUGGAUAUAAGCUAUGCAUUUUUGAACGAGAUAUUUCUCCUGGAGGAGCUGUUAUUGAUGACAUCCAAUCAUCCAUUGACAGAAGUCGAAGAUUAAUUAUUAUUCUGAGCCAAAACUAUGUAUCUGACCAAGUCAUGUUCGAGCUAGAGGUUGGACUUCAUAAAGCCUUAGUUGAGAGAAAAACCAAAGUCAUAUUAAUAGAAUACAUGCCAAAAAAAUAUUUUGAUUUCUUGCCCAAGUCUUUGGGACUUCUUUCUUCCAGCCAAGUGGUGAAAUGGAAAGAAGAAAAAUCACUGCCUUUAAAUUCUAAAUUUUGGAAAAAGCUUUGCUAUGCCAUGCCUGCCAAGCCAACUAUUUCAGCUGCUUGCCAAGGGGUAACGUUGCAGGAUAGAAGAAAAAGAACAAAUGCCAUCUGUAUCACAGGGGCUGCCACAAAGAAGAGGGAGUCGGGCUGUUCUCCAAAGCACCUGAGGGUAGAACAAGAAGCAAUGGGUGGAAACUGAUCAAAGAAAGAAGCAACUUAGAACUAAGGAGAAAUUUCCUGACAGUUAGAACAAUUAAUAAGUGGAACGACUUGCCUUCAGAAGUUGUGAAUGCUCCAACACUGGAAAUUUUUAAGAAAAUGUUGGAUACCCAUCUGACUGAGAUGGUGUAGGGUUUCCUGCCUGGGCAAGGGGUUGGACUAGAAGGCCUCCAAGGUCCCUUCCAACUCUGAUGUUAUGUUAUGUUAUGUUAUGUUAUGUUAUGUUAUGUUAUGUUAUGUUAUGUUAUGUUAUGUUAUGUUAUGUUACUUCUGAGCCAUCACUUGCCUGCUAAUAGGUCUUCAUCACUGUUGCUUUGGAAGCAAAAUAUAAGAAUGUGUUCAUAGAUACUUGGAAGCUGCAGAAUUGAGGCUGGGGGCUUCAGGUUGUUCUAUCUGUGUCAUUAGACUUGGUUACCUUUAUAUAUUGUUUUAUUCAAAGUAUAUUCCCUAUGGUUGUCCAUUUUUUUACACAAUAUGUCAAAAUGCCGAACUUCUGUCUUACAGAUUUAUUUGUAAAGUGGGGGUCCAAUGUCAACAUGUCAAAGAACAAUCAUGUUUUCUUUGUAUUUUAUUGCUGUUUGAACCUUAAAUGCAGCAGAUGCUGAAAAAAGAAUCAGAAGCCCAAGAGAGACAAUCAAAACAUUGCAACAUCAACUAGAACGGUGCAUAAAAUGCAAACAUUUGUUGAAAGAUGGUUGACUUACCAUUUACAUUAUCCCCAAUUAACAAGAACUAUAUUUGGAAUUCAGCUCUGUUUAUGUAUGUGAGAGAGAGACAUUGGAAAGAAAGCACUGAGAGAUACCUAAUACAUGUGAAUUCAUUGGUCUUGUGUUAUUUAACUUGGGCAGGAAUCAGUGACAAUUUUAGUUUUCAUCUGGGUAUUGCAUAUAUGAAAUAUGUUUAAAAGAACCAGCUGCAAUGGCAAUACUCUGCUUUUACAGAAACUUCAUGCUGACACUACCCUUAAGUGUCUAUAACUGUGAACAUAGCAUCUGUCUAUAACUCUUGAAAGUACUGGUGUAUUCCCUGAAGUCCUAAUGUUGUCAAAGAGUCCUGAGAAUGGCUGCUAGUUGGAGUCUGGUGCUGCAUAUGUAGUCUAUAUGUGCUCUAAAGGAGUAGUCUCCAACCCUGAGAACUGUAAGCCUGGAGGACUUCAACUCCCAGAAUUUCCCAGCCAGCUUUGCUGGCUGGGGAAUUCUGGGAGUUGAAGUCCACCAGGCUUACAGUUGCCAAGGUUGGAGACCCCUGCUCUAAAGCAUCCUUUUGCUUUCAAAUAUGGAGUGCUGUACAGAUCUAUCAUUCACAACUAGAUUAUCAGAUCAGGUUGGCAUCAGCCUGAGAAAAUUCAUCUAACAUAAUGCUGCUGCUACAAGGUGACUAAAAUACAUUUAUAAUAUAUACUAACUUAUUACCCUGGAAUUCCCCAGGUUUGUAUGUGAGAACACAUUAAAUUUGAUGGAUUAUGUCUACUGGAUGCUCUUAAUAGAGGAAUUUCUCUUUACAUAAAAUAUUUCUCUCCAGAACAAAAAUCUUCAGUAAAAGGGUACCUAACCUCAGUUUGCAGGUCUUCAAGUCCUUGUAGGUUGUUUUUUUCUGUGUCAGAAAGAAAAUAAUGUUCAAAGUCAUAAACUCUUAUUUAAAUUUGGGUUGUUCCUGAUUUUCCCUACUUCUUUACCUUGAACCCAUGUUUUUUUUUUGUUAUGCAAUCCUGUUCCAGUUUGUGACGGAAAACCAUUUCUGCAUAGUCACUUCUCAGCUUACACACACACGCACACACACACACAUACACACACACACACCUUUAAGUAGCAGAGAAGCAUGGAGACAACCAAGGGAAUGUAGGUCUGGUUGGAAUAAAGGCCACUUUAAGACUAAAUGCGUGCUAGACAUUGAUUUGCUGUGAUUUCCAUAUUAGACAUUUGUUAAACAAGCUGACUGACUUUUUGCUGUAUUAAAAUUUCAUUGCAUUCAAAUGUUGAAGUCUAAUGACUGAAAUGUGUUCAGUUGCAGUAUGCCUCGAUUUUAAUAGCUACUGACUCUUGCAAUUUUGAUUUUAAAAAAUACAGAAAAAAUGUGUUACAAUUGUUCUUUUCAAAAGUAGUUACAUAGAUAUCUGAGUUUUGUUUGAUUCUGUAAUAAUCAAUUAGGGAGGUCCAGGGGAGGUCCAAAAAAAGCAAACCAGCAGUCAAAAUGGCAUGACUGAAUCCCUACUCGUUUUUUUUUAAGUGGGUCAUCUUGAUUUUCCUAACUUCUAUCUCAAUGCCUUUAGCCACCUACAUACAAUACAUAUGGACAAAUGCCCAUGGUGUCCAUGAUAACGUUCCUCAAAGGCAAGAUGAUUUUCAUCCAGCCUUCAACACAGGGAAGGAUAAAACCUUUCUGCAGGCUGAUCAUCACUUCCUAGCCUUAAACAUGUGCACAUAGCACAGUAUUAUUUGCUUUAAAGAAGGUGCAAAAUCAUAUUGUUUACCCCGUAGCUGGUUCCAUGAAGUCUCGUACG